CGCCCGAACCGACCGUCCGCCCAGCUCGCCAGCCUCGCGCAGCCCCGGCGCCAGUAUGCACUAGGCACAUUUUGCGCUGCUUGAAGGCGAGGCUCUCAGCUCACCUCUUCAUCUCUGGUGCCCAGUGCAGUGCCUGACACACAGUAGGUGCUCCAGAUCUGGCUCAAGCCCCUCUGCAGAGGCCGGGAUCAGGACAAGAUGGCGGCCAAGCAGCCCCCACCCCUGAUGAAGAAGCACAGCCAGACAGACCUCGUGAGCCGCCUGAAGACUCGGAAGAUCCUUGGGGUGGGCGGGGAGGAUGAUGAUGGAGAGGUGCAUCGCUCCAAGAUCAGCCAGGUCUUGGGCAAUGAAAUCAAAUUUGCAGUUCGGGAACCUUUGGGGCUCAGGGUCUGGCAGUUUGUUUCUGCUGUGCUCUUCUCCGGCAUUGCCAUCAUGGCCCUCGCCUUCCCUGACCAGCUGUACGAUGUAGUCUUUGAUGGGGCCGAGGUGACCAGCAAGACCCCCAUCCGCCUUUAUGGCGGCGCCCUCCUCAGCAUCUCCCUGAUCAUGUGGAAUGCUCUGUACACGGCUGAGAAAGUCAUUAUCAGGUGGACUCUGCUCACCGAAGCCUGCUACUUCGGAGUCCAGUGCUUGGUGGUCACUGCCUCACUCGCCGAGACGGGUCUUGUGUCCCUGGGGGUCCUGCUGCUCCUGGCCAGCCGCCUCCUUUUUGUCACCAUCAGCAUCUACUACUAUUACCAAGUUGGCCGAAGACCCAAGAAAGUCUAG